AUGAUGAUACUUCCUUCGUUCCAAAAUUCUCUAUUCAACCAUGUAAAACACUUGAUGGCCUUGGCAACCGUUUCAUCAUCAUCGCAAACAAAUUCCGUCGUGAAGAAGUGUGAUUCUGCUCCGAACAUUUCCUUCAUGUUGGCCCGAGAAUUGUUUUCCAUUCAAACCAUGAAUGUGAGGGUAAUACAUGUCAAUGAGGAAAUAGACUCUACCAUUCAUCAUGACGCGGAUAUCAAUGAAGCCUUGAACGAGAAUACCCAAAUGCCAUUCUAUGAAAUACCAUCCUCUCAAUGGCUGACAGGCUUGCUUCCAAAUGAAGAGAACAACAAGUCACAAUAA